AUGGAAGCCCUAUGCCAUGGAGGAGGCAUUGUCCAAGCCCUAAACACUCAUGUGUAUGGAAAUGGCAGCCAGACUUUGGUUCUGGCUCAUGGGUUUGGUUCAGACCAAACAGUUUGGCACUUCCUCAUUCCCUUUCUUGCAUGCUAUUUCAAGGUUGUGGUUUUCGACUUGAUUUUCUCACCAAAUGUUGAUCCAAAACUCUAUGACCCCGGAAGGUACGACUCAAAUUUUGGUGCCUACGCAGAGGACUUGCUGUGCCUUCUUGAUCAUCUCAAAGUCAAUAAGACUGUAUAUCUGGGCCACUCCAUGUCUGCCAUGGUUGGAUGUAUCGCUUCUAUUCAAAGACCACACCUGUUUCAGCACCUUAUCCUGCUAGGUGGCUCUCCCAGAUACCUCAACACAACAAGAUACAAUGGGGGCUUUACCAGAGCACAACUCGAUGCAUUCUUCAACCAAAUCGAUCAGAAUUUCUCAAAUUGGGUUCUAAGUUUUGCUCCAAUAGCAGUAGGUGUAGAAGACACAAGUGCCAUAGCCGAGUUCGAAAACAGUUUGGGAAGAAUGACACCCAAGAUUGCAGUGACUUGCUAG